AUGGCGAUUACUACAUCAAAGACCCUGCCCUCUCUGCCAGAAGAGGUUGGAGCAUCAUGGCUCACCAAGGUGUUGAACCUUCCAAUAACCAAGGUUGAGCAAACGGACAUAAUCCUGGAUGCAUCGGCCGGAAAGGUCUACAUCACGGCGAGCUACGAUGACGAUUCAGGCGCAGAGCAGACGCUGUACCUCUGUGUCAAGGGCGGGUUCAACCCACAGAUCAUGACAAUGCCCGACUACGUCCAGCUCUUGAGGGUUCUCUACACGCGAGAGAUCAAGUUCUUCCAGAACAUUGCUCCCGAGCUGCGCAACGUCAACGUCCCCAAGGCUUACUGGGCGGGCGUCGACCCGGGCCAGUUCCAGGCGAUCGUGAUCCUCGAGGACUUGAGCAAGGAGCACACUUUCGGCGACUGUUCCAAGACCAUGACGCUCGAGCAGGUCAAGGUCGGCGUCUCACAGCUCGCUGGUCUCCAUUCCUCCAAAUUCAACAUCUCUUCCGGCAGUGAGGAGUACUCAUGGAUGACAAACGUAUACGACUUUGCCAUCAUGCAAAUGACGGAGCCGUGGGAGGUCGUGAUUCUCGCCGACAACAGGCCCCCCUUCCCUGAGCAGUGGAAGGACAAGGUCAAGAUGCAGGCCGUGAUCAAGAAGCACUUUGCGACACGCGACCCUCGCUACCUUGGCCUCGUCCACGGUGAUCCCCACGCGGGCAACACAUUCCUCGACAAGAGUGGCAACCCUUCUUUCCUAGAUUUCCAGACGGCACACAUCAGCAGCAUCUUUCACGAUCUGACCUACUUCCUCAUUGGUGCGCUGACGGUCGAGGAUCGCCGGGCCCACGAGAUGGAGGUUUUGGAGCACUAUCUCAGCAAGCUGCACCGGUUUGGUGGCCCUGCGCUUUCGAAGGAUGAUGAGUCGGUUCAGUUUGAGUAUAAGAAGAAUAUGCUCAGCGGCAUCGGCUGGUGCCUGACACCUUAUGAAAUGCAGCGUGAGUACAAGGUCCGCGCCAUGUGCGAGCGGUACGUGGCUGCGAUGGUCGACCAUAACACGAUUGAUAUUAUCGAGUCAGCGCCCGACGCAAAGGCAUAG